AUGGCGGGUGGAAAUGGAGCGGCCAAGUCCUCGAAGCCAACCCGGAUCCGGAAGAGGGUGGAAGUCGAGAAAGACGACGUUCCAGCAGCUGCGUCUGCGUCUGCUUCUCUCAAAAGGGCUAAAGAUGGCAGUGCUUUUGCGAAAUGUGAUGAAUGCGGCAAAGAUGUGGCGGUUGCCUUGAUUAGUAUGCACAACUGUAGCCUUGACGCUCAAAUCAAGAUGAAUUUGGAGGCUCAAGUGAUUGAGAAGCCAACUGAGAUAAAGAAAAAGCCCGUUGAGAAGAAGAAACCAAAAACAACUGAACCUAAGGUUAAGAAGGGAAAGCAAUCCAAGAAUCCAAAUGCACCCAAACGUCCUCCCACAGCUUUCUUCAUUUUCAUGGAUGAUUUCAGGAAGUCUUUCAAAGAGCAAAAUCCUGAUAAUAAGAGUGUUAGUGUGGUGGCCAAGGAGGGUGGUGAGAAAUGGAAAUCCAUGACUGAGGAAGAGAAGCAGCCUUAUGUGGAGAAAGCUGCUGAGCUGAAAGCUGAGUAUACAAAGGCCUUGGAGUCUCAGAAUGAUAGCACCGAGGUUGAAAAUGAUGAAGAAGUUGAGAAAGAAAUCAAGGAAGAAGAUGUUGCUGAUGAAGAAGCUGAGAAAAAAACCAAGGAAGAAGAUGCUGCUGACGAAGAUGAAUAG